AUGUUAAGGAGACUCUCUACCCAAUUCAAGCGGUCUAAGGACUCCAAGGACCCCAAAGACUCCAAUGGUGACACGGAGUCCAAGAGCACAGACAAGAGCAGCAAGCGCAUGUCGAAGGUCUCGCCAACUCGGAAGUCCACUUCUACUCAGGAGGAAAAGCACGUUGUGAAGCGCUCCGAGGUUGUUGCAGUGUUCGAGAGGUAUGCGCAAGCAAUUCACGCUUCGCAAGAUCCUCUGCCCAACCAGACCAGUGAUGGCGCCUACUUGAAGCAUGACAAGUCGUCCGGUCUCAUCAAUGACAUCAAGGCACUGGGAUUCCGUGAUAUCGGCACUGUCAAAGACCUCAUUGCGACCAAAACCUCCGGCGAACUUAUUGAUGACAAGACCUACUUGAUGGAGCGCAUAAUCCAGAUGGUUGCGGAUUUGCCCGGUAACUCCAAGAACCGUACUGAGCUCACCGGUUUGUUCCUGGAUGAUCUAUGGAACUCCAUUCCUCACCCGCCUCUUUCUUACAUGGGAGACGACUACAAAUAUCGCUCAGCUGAUGGCUCAAACAACAACCCUACCCUCCCGUGGUUUGGAGCUGCCAACACUCCAUACUGUCGCACCAUUCCUCCCCUGACCAUUCAACCCAGCGGAUUGCCUGACGCCGGCCUGAUUUUUGAUACCCUCUUUGCUCGUCAGGAGUUCACUCCGCACCCCAACAAGGUCUCCAGUGUUUUCUUCGACUGGGCCUCUUUGAUUAUUCACGAUAUUUUCCAGACCGACUACCGCGAACAGCACCUCAAUAAGACUUCUGCUUACCUUGACUUGUCCAUUUUGUACGGUGAUGUCAAGGCGCAACAGGAUCUGAUCCGCUCCCACCAGGACGGAAAGCUGAAGCCCGAUUGCUUCUCUGAGGGUCGUCUGCAGGCCCUUCCUGCCGCCUGCGGUGUUCUGCUGGUUAUGCUGAACCGGUUCCAUAACCACGUUGUUACCCAGCUGGCUGAGAUUAACGAGAAUGGUCGAUUCAGCAAGCCCCGGCCUGGUCUGUCCGAAGAGGACACCAAGAAGGCUUGGGCCAAGCGUGAUGAGGAUCUGUUCCAGACCGGUCGCCUUAUUACUUGCGGUCUGUACAUCAACAUCACUCUGUAUGAUUACCUGCGCACUAUUGUCAACUUGAACCGCACCAACUCAACCUGGUGCUUGGAUCCUCGCGCUCAGGCGGAGAAGGCCGGUUCCACUCCUGCUGGUCUCGGCAAUCAGUGCUCUGUCGAGUUCAACUUGGCCUACCGUUGGCACUCGACUAUCAGUCAGGGCGACGAGAAGUGGAUUGAGCAGAUCUAUUAUGACCUUAUGGGCAAGCCUGCCGAGCAGGUCACUAUGCCUGAGCUACUGAUGGGUCUGAAGAAGGUGGAGGGUAUGCUCGAGGCUGAUCCCGCCAAGCGUACCUUCGCCCGCCUACAGCGUAACGAGGAUGGAUACUUCGAUGACGGAGAGCUUGUCAACAUUCUGACCCAUGCCACCGAAGACGUGGCUAGCUCUUUCGGUCCCCGAAACGUACCCAAGGCCAUGCGCUCUAUCGAGAUCCUCGGUAUCGAGGCUUCGCGUAGAUGGAACGUCGGUUCUCUUAAUGAGUUCCGUAAGCACUUCGGUCUGAAGGCUUACGACACUUUCGAGGAAGUCAACUCCAACCCUGAGAUCGCUAAUACUCUCCGCCACCUCUACGACCACCCCGACUACAUUGAGCUGUACCCCGGUAUCGUCUCCGAGGAGGCCAAGGAGCCCAUGAUCCCUGGUGUCGGUAUCGCCCCGACCUACACCAUCUCCCGUGCUGUGUUGUCGGAUGCCGUUGCCCUUGUUCGCGGUGACCGCCACUACACCAUUGACUACAACCCCCGUAACCUAACCAACUGGGGUUACAACGAGUGCCGCUACGACCUCAACAUCAACCAAGGUUGUGUCUUCUAUAGACUGGCCACGCGCGCCUUCCCCAACUACUAUAAGCCUGACUCCAUCUACGCCCACUACCCUAUGACCAUCCCUAGCGAGAACCGCAAGAUCAUGAAGGAUUUGGGCCGUGAGCAGGAUUACUCCUGGGAUAAGCCCGCCUUCACUGAGCCUCGAGUCAACCUGACCUCGCACCAGAAUGCCAAGCUGGUCCUUGAAAAUCAACAAGACUUCCGUCCCAGCUGGGCCCGCUCCAUGUCUAAGCUCUUCGGCAAGGGCGAGUUCGACACCAAGCAGCGGGAGGCUAUCGCCAAGGCUCUCAACACCGAGGAGUUCCCCAAGCUUGUCAAGACCUUCUACGAAGACAUCACCGAGCGUCUGAUUACCGAGAAGGGUGGUCAGCUAGGCAAGAUCAACCAGAUCGACAUCACUCGCGAUGUCGGCAACCUAGCCCACGUCCACUUCGCCUCUAGUCUCUUCGGCCUUCCCCUGAAGACCGAGCGAAACCCGCAGGGUCUGUUCACCGAGCACGAGAUGUACAUGAUCCUCUCCACGAUCUUCUCCGCACUCUUCUUCGACAUCGACGCUCCACGCUCGUACGCCCUGAACCGCGCCGCCUCCGCAGUCUCCACCCAGCUCGGCCAGGUCGUCGAGGCUACCGUCAAAGCCGACACGAACAGCGGUCUCUUCGCCGGUAUCAUGGACAGCUUCCGCCCACACGACAACGCCCUCCGCGAGUUUGGAACCGAAGCUAUCCGCCGCAUGAAGGAGGCCGGCUCCAGCGCCUCCGAAAUCACCUGGUCUGCCAUCGUCCCGACGAUUGUAGGCCUAGUCCCCAGCCAGGGCCAGGUCUUCACCCAGAUCAUCGAGUUCUACACUGCGCCCGAGAACAAGAUCCAUCUGGCUGAGAUCAACCGCCUCGCCAAGUCCGACUCUGCCGAAUCGGACGAGAAGCUGUACCGCUACUGUCUGGAGGCCAUUCGUCUGAACGGCACCUUUGGCGCAUUCCGCGAGGCCAAGGAAGCUGUCACUGUCGAGGAAGAUGGCAAGACCCACACCAUUCAGCCCGGUCAGCAGGUCUUCGCCUCCUUCAACCAGGCCAAUCACGACCCCAGCGUCUUCCCUGAGCCAACCCAGGUCCAGCUUGACCGUCCUCUUGAUUCAUAUAUCAACCACGGCCAGGGUCCCACCACUGGCUUCGGCGAGCAGAUUACUAAGAUUGCGCUCAUUGCUAUGCUGCGUGUCGUCGGUCGUCUGCAGGGUCUUCGUCGUGCUCCAGGUGCUCAGGGCCAGCUUAAGAAGAUCCCACAGGAGGGCGGAUACUCCGUUUACCUCCGCAGUGACGGAACUUCUUACUCUGCAUUCCCCAUGUCGCUUAAGUUGCACUGGGAUGGACCCUUCGAGCAGAAGGCUGCGUCUUCCUGA